UCUCAGUCACAUGACCGUGAGGUGGGUAGAACAGAGAGGAGUGUUUCCUAAGAUUAAAGUUGACUUCAUGUGCAUUUGAGCGUAUGUAUUUGUAAAGUUAUUUGAAAAGAUCUUUUUGCUGCUCCCAGUUGAGCGUUUCUCAGCAUUGUGGUAUGUGGAACAGCUGCGUCUCGCCAUGUGAAAGCUGAAGGAAUGUCUAGGAGAUAAGACAUAGAGGAAGACAGACACGUCCUGUAGGUAUCCACGACUUCCUGUGGACUGAGAGAUACAGAGAGAUGGAUGUAAUGACACUGGAAUUACCAGACAGGUCUAUGGACACUGAGAGUUUUUGGAGCUUGACACCUGAGACUCAGGACAUUUACCUGAGGCUGGACAGUUGCCACCGGCGAUCCGGGUUGCGUUUGGCCCGAAUCGUUGCCCGUCAGCAGCUGCUCCAGAAGAUAGAGCGAGAGAUUGAAGCAAAGGAGGCAUGCGAUUGGUUGAGAGCGGCAGGAUUUCCACAGUAUGCUCAGCUCUAUGAGGAUUCUCAGUUUCCUAUUGACAUAACUGCUGUGGAAAAGGACCAUGACUUCCUGGACAAAGAUCUGGUGGAGCCUCUGUACAGGCGUCUUCAAACUCUAAACAAGUGUGCCUCCAUGAAACUGGAUGUGGGCUUUCCUAAGAAGAAAAGUGAGGACUCGGACGAGGACGACCUGUUGGCCAUCAGCAACAGAUGGACAUUUGAGAGGAGCAGCCGGCGCUGGUCUCGCCUGCAGGACAUCGAUCUCAUCCUGGGGGCAAGAGAUCGGCGGAGGACUGUGAGCAGUGAGAGUGUCCUGACCGAUCUAAGCGAACCUGAGAUUUGCUCGCUGCAUAGUGAGGAAUCAUUGUCUGUCAUGCCAGAGUCUGCGUCCCUCAGCCCACUUAGUAUGCCCCAGUACCAAGACUUGCCUCAUUACAACACGCUUCCUGCAAAGAACAGCCGACACAGUCGCACACGUGCCAAGGAUUUCCUUCGGCGGAUGGAGACACUGGGACGCUCGUGGGGGGCAUUGCGGGCGUGUCCAGAGCGGCGUUCCAUGACAAUUAGUGGGCCGAUUUUACAGAGUGAACCAGAGGCUCUACGGACAAGACGCUGCAUCCCUACUUUCAAUGGAAACUUAGGUGAUACUGAAAACACACCCACUGCUAGCAACUGCCCAUCUGUUUUCACUACAAGCGAGGAGACCAGCCAAUCUGAGACAGGUGAAAGCACUGAGAGCACACCUGACAUGAAGGAGCAUAUUCCAGAAACACACAACACCAGCAAGCGUGCAGGCAUGUAUCUGGAAAAUCUGAAUGUGCUUCCUCAUGACAGCCAGCGGAGAACAUCAGUAGAAAAUAAUCACAGGAACCAAUUUCACUCCUUUGAGGAUCUGAUGGUACACGUCCCAAAGGACCACAAGCCUGGUACUUUUCCCAAAGCACUGUCCAUAGAGAGUUUGACUGCAGCCAAUGGAGAGCGAGGGAAGUGGAAGUUUGAAGAAUCAGAUCAGCAUCAACCAUCGAGGAACAGGAAAUGGGCAGGGCGAGAGAACCGACCCAUGACACGCUGCCGUCCACGAAGCAGCCGAAUUAGCAUUUAUGAUAAUGUUCCUGGUUCACACCUGUAUGCCAGCACUGGAGACCUAAUGGACCUAGAGAAGGAGGAGGACCUGUUCCCGCACCUUGAUGACAUCCUGCAGCAUGUGAACGGCCUGCAGCAGAUCGUGGAUCACUGGUCCAAAAAUGUGCUGCCUGAGGGGGAAGGUGAGGGUGAUAGGGGGCAGGACCGUGAAAUGAUAGAUGCCCAGUCUUCCAGUCAGAUCAUGUUGGAUUUUGAAGGAACCUCAGUGAAGACACCUAGUGAUGGAGACAGAGAUGGAGUGUCUCUGAAUGAAACAGAUGCUUCAAGCACAAGAGAGCGCCGGGACUCAGGGGUUGGGGCGUCGCUCACACGGCCUCGUCUCAGGUGGCCAAGUUUCAGGAUGUCUAAUCGGCUCAGCCAAUCAGGAACUUCAUUACAGCUUUCCAGCCAGUCAGCGGGCCAGCUAGGCCUGCUGCAGAAGUUCUCACUGCUCCGCCUCACGGCCAUCAUGGAGAAAUAUUCGAUGUCCAAUAAGCAUGGCUGGACGUGGUCAGUGCCAAAGUUCAUGAAGCGGAUGAAAGGACCAGAGUACAGGGAUAAGGGUGUGUAUGGUGUGCCUCUGGUUGUCCAUGUGCAGCGCUAUGGCCAACCUCUACCUCUCUGCCUCCAGCUAGCACUACGCUACCUCCGAAGGCAAUGCCUCGACCAGGUGGGGCUUUUCCGUAAGUCUGGUGUGAAGUCUCGGAUCCAGGCUCUGAGACAUAUGUGUGAGAGUUCUCCAGAGUGUUUGGACUAUGAGGAUCAGUGUGCAUAUGAUGUGGCCGACAUGGUGAAGCAGUUUUUUCGAGACCUUCCUGAGCCACUGCUUACCAACAAACUCAGAGAGACUUUCCUCCAUAUAUAUCAGCAAGUCCCUAAAGAGCAGCGACUGCAGGCAGUGCGAGCUGCGAUUAUGCUAAUGGCAGAUGAGAACCGUGAAGUGCUGCAGACCCUGCUGUGUUUCCUGAGUGAUGUCACUUCCUCUGUAGAAGAGAAUCAGAUGACACCGAUGAACCUGGCUGUGUGCCUCGCCCCAUCUCUCUUUCAUCUGAACAUUAUGAAGAACGACAACCUUUCACCAAGGUCAAUCCAGAAGAAGUACGCCACAGGACGUCCUGACCAGAAGGACCUUAAUGAGAACCUUGCUGCCACUCAGGGGCUUGCCCACAUGAUCACCGAGUGCAACCGACUCUUUGAGGUCCCUCAGGAGAUGAUUGCUCAAUCAAGGAACUCAUAUGUAGAGGCUGAGGUACUAGCGCCCCCUCUGGAUGACCUUUGCAAACAGCUACAGCCAAAUAUGGAAGAAGAAGAUGAAGAAGAAGAUGAGGAGGAGGAGGAGGAGGAGGAAGGCUCCUAUCGCUGCCACAUGGAGGGACUGAUUCAGAACCUGCUAAAAGAAGCCAGAGAUAAGGCCAAGUGCUGGGCGAGCCAACCGACUAUCGACAAUGUGGAGCUUGCAUACAAAAAGGUAGGUGAUGGAACUCCACUGCGGCGCUGGCGAAUCUCAGUUGAAGUAGAGGCUCCACCAUCUGUGCUGCUGAACCGGGUUCUGCGAGAGCGACAUCUGUGGGACAAUGACCUCCUGCAGUGGAAAGUUCUGGAAACACUGGACAAACAGACUGAAGUGUAUCAGUAUGCUCUCAACAGCAUGGCCCCUCACCCCAGCAGAGACUUUGUGGUACUCAGGAUGUGGCAGACGGACCUACCAAAGGGUGUGUGUGCAUUAGUGGCAGUUUCCAUUGAGCAUGAGGACAGUGCACCUAUGGGAGGGGUUCGGGGCAUCAUUCUGGAGUCACACUACCUGCUUGAGCCCUGUGGGUCUGGAAAGUCAAGACUCACACACAUCUGCAGAAUAGACCUCAAGGGGAAGACUCCGGACUGGUACAACAAAGCCUUCGGCCAUAUAUGUGCUGCCCAAGCAGCACGAAUUCGCAACUCCUUUCAACCUAUGGAUCCUGAUGGCCCUGAGACCAAGAUCUGAGCCUGGCUAUAGAGUACAGCCUGGAGUCCAGGGUUUGAACCUGGAUCAGGGUUUUAAAAAAACUGGGCUGAUAUCAGGGUUUGUACAAGGAUCACAUUUAGGACCAGGGUUUGUACAAGGAUCAGGGAUUGGUCUAGGACCAGGGACAGAAACAGGGUAGGGAUCAGGAUUUGAAUCAGGGUUUGGACCAUGUGAUAAUCUUUGUAUGUUGCAGCUAUGAGAGAAAGGUGAGAAAGUAGUAAAGUGUUUAUUUGAAUGCGGAUGUAAAGGUGGAUCUCUAGUAAGUGUCAGUGCUGGCAAUACAAGAAAGAUGAAACUUUUAUAGCUAUAAUGAAAAUGCCUCAAGAUACAUUCUCAUGAAUGCUUAGGUAGAAAUAACGGCCUGUGAAGGUAUUUAACCCUCUAUCUUAUGUGAAAUAUCUAGUUCUAGUGCUAGUCAAGACAACUGGACCUGUGGUAUUAUGUGGACCUUGUGACUUAAUGCUAUCUGAAGUAUGUAACUCACAGAAAUACAAUAUUUUGACAGGCAUACAACUAAAGGAGGGCACUUAUUUUUGGACAGUCAGAACUGCCAGCUUUGUAGUUUUAGUUUGUUGAACUUUGUAUUAGGAAAGCGAAGUGAUAAUCGGAAAUAAAGGCCAGAGGCAAAGUGGUACGAGGCUCUGCAGCAUCUCAGCUGUGCUCAUACAUGCAGAGCACAUCGUCUAGGCGUUCACGUCUAGGUGCUAAUUCCUGCAGAUGUCUGUCUGGUGAGCAUAAUACUGUACUAACACAUGUAGAUUAGAUUAUGCUAAAGCAUGCAAUGCUGCGUUCACUAUCACCUCAGCUCAAUCCUUCCAGAAUAAAUAAGGGAGAUUCAUUAAAUGUUCGGUGUUGCACUAAUAUAACACUCCUGCUGUUGCAUUUCUCAUUGAAACAAUAGCUCAGGUGCUUUUAAAUGCUUUGCAGAGAUUACGAUUAAGAAAAUCCCAAUCGUAAAAGUUUACCAUGUCAGAGUGUAAGAUAUGUCUCGUCACAUCAAGUUUUUUUAAAGUCCACUAAGUUUAAAAAACAAUGUUGGUGGCAUCAUCAUCUGUACCAGUAUAUUAUAAUGUAAAUAGUAUAACUAUUUCAGACUGUUUUAUCCCUGUAUACUAGUAUUUCAUUUUUACCAAAGUCAGCCACUUUAAAUAGUCAGAGAAUGAGAAGAAAACUAGUCGAUUUGGAACGACACUGAACACAGUUCCAAAAAGCCACCAGCUUUGAAUUCUUAGAGCUAGAUUUGCCUGCAGAUGUUCAUGCAUAUACUAUACCAAUCCUAAUUUAACUCAUGAACAUUGAUCCAAAUAAAACAUUAAGUGUUUAUUAUUAUUAUUAUUAUUAUUAUUAUUAUUAUUAUUAUUAUUAUUAUUAUUCCAUGCUAUACAAUGUCUAGGACAUUAAUCCAUUUCACUGCUUCUGAGAAGCAUGUCUGUGUUCAUUUUUAAAUAAUGUAUAGCUAGAACUAAUUGUGUCAAUGUAUAUACUUGCAUGUGUAUGUGAAAAAUGUACAUAUACAUAUUUUACAGUAUAUUUUGUACAUAUGUAAUGCUAAUUGGCAGUUUGAUCUGCUUCUGUUGCUUAUAGGUUGUUGUGUUUUUCUCGUGUCAUAUUGAUAUGUUGAAAAUAAUGCAAUACCAAAAUUAUAUACGCUGUUGGCUGCCUCUC